UAAUUGAUUGAAUUAAUUGAUUGAAUUGGGGUACACAAAGAUAAGGUAGAUUGGUUUGGUUGGGUUGGAACGAUAGAGGAUAGCCAUUUGGCGGCAACGAAAUAUGCAUAAAGACAUGGUCACAUCGGCUUGACCAUGGUCAAUUGGGUCCCAUCCGUGUCUCCAUCCGUGGCUCCUCCCUAAACUCCGUUAUCGUAGCCACUCGCCUCCUACCAUCCAUCCCUCCUUCCUUCUCUCUUUCAAACCCUAGCUACGACAAAUAACUGCUACAGUACCUGGUUUCUUUGUUCAUUUAUUUAUUUGUACAUCUCUCCAUCUCUAUCUCUGCGAUUUUCAGAUUCAGACUGAUCCAACCUCUUGUCGUUCUGCAUCUUUUAAUAUACCGAGUUUUGCAUUGCGUUGAAUACUCAGAGCUGGAGGAGGAGAUAUACAAUGGCGUCUGCCUGCGUGAACCCAAUCGGAAUGUCACCGGAGUCCUUUCUCGACUGUUCUCAGACCAAGUUUCCUUCCUAUGCUUGGUUGAGUCCACGCGUCUCGUACAGUCGGGAGUUCUCAGAUGAUUCCAGGAAGACCAAGCAUUCUUCUCAUCAACAGGGGAAGGGGCGUGAGAAGCCGGAAGAGGAAAAGGAGGAGGAGGAGGAGGAGAGCUCAGAUCCGGAGGAUUUCGAGUUCCGUCUGGACGAUCCGGUCACAAUGCAGCCGGCGGACGAGCUCUUCUCCGACGGGAAGCUGAUGCCGCUGCACCUAUCCAUGGUCCGGCCUGUGGCGGCGCCGGUCAGAGCCACAUCCCCGGAUACGCCGAAACUGCGAAUCAGAAACGAGAUUUCCGGUACGGAACCUUACCUCUUCUCCCCGAAAGCGCCUAGAUGUUCCAGUCGAUGGAAGGAGAUUCUAGGCUUGAGGAAGCUCUACCAGCAGAGCAGCACAGCUGCGGCAAAGCAGGAGAGUCACUGCAGAAUCUCGUCGUCUUCGUCUAAUUUGCUGGGCAAUAAAUCUCUGAAAAGCUUCCUGCAUCGCAGCACCGCUUCAAAGUCCACCAAUGCCGCUGAGUCUAUGUCCCUCAGCCUUCCUCUGCUCAGGGACACCGACAACGAGUCAUUGGCGGUUUCUUCCGCCAGGCUAUCGCUCUCCUCCUCCUCUUCGGGCCACGAGCACGACGAUCUCCCUCGUCUCUCCCUCGAUUCUGAGAAACCGGCAAACAACGGUCACACUCGGAAUGGGAGUCAAAGCAGCAGCAGCAGCAGCAAUAAUAAUAGCUAUAAUCCCCCACGAGUUCGAGUGGUGAAGGUGAGGUCCGAGAACCCAGCAGCGCGAGUUGGGCGGAGCCCAAUGCGGAGAGUACCAGAAACGACGGCGGCGCGUGGACUGUCCGUGGAUAGCCCACGCAUGAACUCAUCAGGGAAGAUAGUUUUCCAAAGCUUGGAGAGAAGCUCGAGCAGUCCGAGCAGUUUGAACGGCGCUCCCAAGCACAAGGUGCAGAGAGGAAUGGAGCGGUCGUAUUCAGCGAACGUCCGCGUCACUCCGGUGCUUAACGUUCCGGUCUGUUCACUGAGGGGAUCUUCCAAGUUCGGAUUCCCUCUGUUUUCCUCUUCGUCGUCGUCCUCACAGCAACAGAGGAAGGAAUCGGCCGGCGUUGGAAGCAAAGCGCACCCGAGUAUGGCGACGGCGAAACACCGUACGGACCGGAUCAAGGAAUGAUUGGACACCUUCACCAUUAGCAUUUUGUCUCGAUCUUUAAUCCUUUACACUAUAUGAUUAUUGUUGUUAUGAUAGACGAGAGAUUAGAUGCGGAGUGUUUGGUGAUGGGUGCGUGCUGAUUGAACCUUUGUUCUUCAAUUCUUCCAUUGAUGAAUUCAGGUAACUGCUACUACAGCACUGACUGCUCUGCCGCCAUAGACCAUAGUAGUGGUUAGUUAGUGACGAUGAUGGUGAGAUUGUGUGUGAAUAGUUGAUUCGUUUUCUUUUCUUUUCUUUUGUUUUUGAUCGUUUGUUAGCAUAUGCAUGCUGCUUCUGGUUGAGUUGAAUGAAUUGAAUCAUCAUGAUUCCCGGCCCGGCUGUCCGGGCUCUUGCCUUUUCACUCUUUCAUGAUUAAAUAAAAUUGAAUGGGAAUUGGGAAGUAGUAAAAAUUUACCAUUCCAAUCUUAGAUUUUCCCACCCGUCUUUUGUUGAUUCUGAAAAGUUGCUGUUGGCAUGGAUUGUGGGUGCUGGUAACGGG